AAUAUCGGAUCUAAAAAGUAUGGAUUCGGGAUCGAUUUCGGAAUAUUCAUUGGCCAUUGGUCACAGUCACAGACUAAUAGCGGCAGCACAACGACCAAAACCAGCCGCUAUCUUACGCUAACAGUCAUGGGUUGUCUGCUAUCCUACGCUUCCCCAAAUGUCUUAACAAACGUAAUACCUUCCAACUGCCUCUUCGCCUUCGUUGACAAAGAUCUUACAGUGUCCGAGAUUACGAAGACGAUGAUGCUUAUUCGGAACCACUUUUGGCCGCUUUGGAAUCAGGGUCUCUGAGAAUUUAACGAAGGUGGGUGGUAGGGUUUGAGGAUUAGAGGGCCAGAGGUUGUUGAGAAGAAGAAGAAGAAGAAGGAAAAGAAAAUCAAUGGCGGAAUUAUGGUGUGAAAUGGUUGUUGCUAUAAUGGGUAUGAUUGUAUUAAGCUUUGGAAGAAGUGGGAUUGCUGGGAAAACCAGCACCUUUGUUCGUUCUGAGUGGCCUUCUUUAGAUAUCCCUCCUGACAAUCAAGCUUUUGCAAUCCCAAAAGGUCGUAACGCCCCUCAACAAGUGCAUAUCACCCAGGGAGAUUAUGAUGGCAAGGCUGUGAUAAUCUCAUGGGUCACUACAGAAGAAGCAGGCCAAAUUGAAGUAAAAUAUGGUACUUUGGAAAACCAAUAUGCUUUCAGUGCUAAGGGGGUGGUGACUACCUACACCUUUUACAACUACACUUCUGGCUACAUUCAUCACUGUCUUGUUGAUGGGCUUGAGUAUGACACCAAGUACUAUUACAAGAUUGGUAUGGAUGGCUCUGCCCGUGAAUUUUGGUUUCAUACACCUCCAAAGAUUGAUCCAGAUGCUUCUUAUACCUUUGGAAUUAUUGGUGAUUUGGGUCAAACAUAUAAUUCACUUUCCACACUUGAGCAUUACAUACAUAGUGGGGGACAGACUGUUUUGUUUGUUGGUGAUCUCUCAUAUGCUGAUAGAUAUGAAUAUGAUGAUGUUGGUAUUAGAUGGGAUUCAUGGGGCCGCUUUAUUGAGCGAAGUGCUGCAUAUCAGCCAUGGAUCUGGUCAGCUGGGAAUCAUGAAAUAGAGUAUAUGCCAAACAUGGGUGAAGUUUCUCCAUUUAAAUCUUAUCUCCAUAGAUUUGCUACACCUCAUGUGGCCUCCAAUAGCACCAGUCCUCUUUGGUAUGCUGUUCGACGGGCAUCAGCUCAUAUCAUCGUUCUGUCCAGCUAUUCUCCUUUCGUGAAAUACACACCUCAAUGGAGGUGGCUGCAAGAAGAACUAAGGAGGGUUAAUAGAAAGAAGACACCUUGGCUCAUCAUACUGAUGCAUGUGCCCCUCUACAGUAGCAACCUGGCCCAUUAUAUGGAAGGUGAAAGCAUGCGGGCUGUCUAUGAAGACUGGUUUGUCCAUUCUAAAGUCGAUUUCAUAUUUGCUGGCCAUGUUCAUGCCUAUGAAAGAUCAUACCGCAUUUCAAAUAUUUAUUACAAUGUAUCAAGUGGUGACUGUUGUCCUGUACCUGACACUUCAGCUCCAGUGUAUAUGACUGUUGGGGAUGGUGGAAAUCAGGAAGGUUUAGCAGGACGAUUUUGGGAUCCACAACCUGACUAUUCUGCAUUUCGUGAGGCCAGUUACGGUCAUUCCACAUUGGAGAUAAGGAACAGAACCCAUGCAUUCUAUCAUUGGAACAGGAAUGACAAUGGGAAAAAAGUAGCGAUAGAUUCUGUAGUUUUUCAUAAUCAGUACUGGGCAAGCAACCUGCAGAGGAGGAGACUCAAAAAGAGAAACUCUUAAGUCUGGAGGGGUAAUUAAUUAGUGAGGGCUGUAAUUGAUUUUUCUAAAAGUAGACAGAUAUUUUUGUAACUAAGCCAAACCUCAGGGGAUAUAUAUGAAAUUAACCCCUUUAUAACAGAAGUGAAAGCAUAUAAGUACGUUCUAAUUUUAAAUUUUUAUUGCUUUUAGUUUGGAA